AUGCGUCAUGAUGAAUCAGGAACAUUGCAUCAUGCGCACCAGCUCCGGCUUAGCACGAUUUUCGCGUGCCUUUUAAACUGCAACAUGACUUUUACAACGGCUUUCGCCACCCAAACUUCCGCAUCGUCGGUCUCAAACGUAAACGAACAAAAUGCUUUUCGAGAUGAAUCAACCCACGGACUUAAUGACUCCUACCAUCGUUCCCAAUGGUAUGACAAUGAUGCCCAAUUCCCUUUGAUAACAUCCGAAACCAACGAAUAUAAUUUAGUAACGACAGACAAUACAACUGAAAAUAAUGAUAAUAAUCAAAACAAUUACGACCUCUUAUCCUCAUUUGAUUUCCCUGUUUUAACUGAACUUGAGGAUCUACAAUUCGAAAAAUACCUUAGUCGCUCAUCUUAUGCAACAAAUACAAUGGAUGUACAGCCUCUGUCCAAUUCCGAUGAAUCAACAUUUUAUGCAGUUGAUGACGACACAUCGCCAUGGCUCGGUGGUGAAUGCACAGUUGGAUCGGAGAGCACUGUGGAGGAUAUGGCGGUUCCACCAUCACCGGUAUUUUCAACCACAAGUGGUUGUUCUUCAGUGACUGAGAAACGGGUGGUAAAGAAACGAGCGUUUUCAGCAACUGAACGCAAGCUACGGAAGAAGGAUCAAAACAAAGCCGCAGCGGAGAAAUAUCGUCUCAAGAAAAAAUCUGAACGAGACGACUUAGUCUCGCGACAUGCUGGCCUAAAAAGUCAAAAUCAAGAAUUAAAAUUUCAGCUAGAUAAUCUAACAUUUCGUCUAGAACAAUUCAAACAACUGUUUGUUGACGUUCUACAAAUCCCCAUUCCCACAUCCAAAUAA